AACAUGUCCGCCAAAACAAAAGAAACCAAUAUAGGUUAAGUCGUCGGAAUUGACUUUAUUGGUCCAACUCUCAACGGCGAAAUGAAAAGAACUCGGCGAUUCAAGCGAGUCGCCGCCAAAUCCAAACCCAAACCCGUUCUCAUCAGAAUCGACGACGCGGAGACUCGCCCGAGUCAGCGAUUCGAAUCGGCCGCCGUUAGGGCCAAACCUGAACCGAACCCAUCCCCAUUCUCCGUUCUAUCCGCUCACAAAAUGACGAUCUUGCCCUCUUCUUUCUUCCAAAUUGACGCCCUGGACCUCGCCCCUCGCUUGCUCGGCAAGUUUCUGAGGAGAGACGACGUCGUUCUUCAGAUUACUGAGGUUGAAGCUUACAGGCCAAAUGAUUCAGCUUGUCAUGGUAGAUUUGGGAUCACUGCAAGAACUGCCCCUGUUUUUGGAGCCGGUGGGCAUGCAUAUGUGUAUCUUUGCUAUGGUCUUCAUAUAAUGCUGAACGUUGUUGCUGACAAGGAAGGAGUUGGGGCUGCGGUUUUGAUUCGUUCCUGUGCUCCAAUUAGUGGAUUGGAAAGCAUUCAGCAGCGUCGAGGUCAGAAGACUGAUAAGCCUGUUCUUCUUACUGGACCUGGAAAGGUUGGGCAAGCGUUGGGACUUUCAACAGAGUGGUCCAACCAUCCCCUUUACACUCCUGGUGGUUUGGAAAUCUUGGAUGGUCCGGAGCCGGAAAAGAUGUUGAUUGGUCCACGUGUCGGCAUUGAAAAUGCCUUGCCUGAGCAUGUAAAUGCAUUGUGGAGAUUUGCUGUUGCUGGUACACCUUGGAUAAGUGCUCCUAAAAACACUCUCAGGUCACCAUGAUAAGUACUCAAAAUUCUUGGCACAAAGAAACCCUUAAAAGGGAGUUUUUCUUUUCCAAUUUAAAGGGUUAUGGAAGAUGGAAAAUUUUGUCAUGGACUAUCGAAUAUGUAAAUAGAGUUGCCUUUUAUAACUUUUCGGAUAUUUAAAGGGUUUAAUUCGUUUUGUAUGUAUAAACUAUUCUCCCUUUCAAAUGUGAGAUGGAACAUGUAAAUGUUACUUUUGUUAUCGUCUCACGGCUAGCAAGCCUGAAAUACAACAGAAAAAGUGAAAAGCAUGUCUU